CCCGCAGGGUUUGGGAUGACCACUCCGGCCACGGUGGGAGGAAAAAUCUUUCUGAUCUUCUACGGCCUCAUUGGGUGCGCGAGCACCAUCCUGUUCUUCAACCUCUUCCUGGAGCGCCUCAUCACCGUCAUUGCCUACAUCAUGAAGUCGUGCCACCAGCGACGGCUGCGGAGACGAGGGGCCCUGUCCCGGGAGAGCCUGAAGCCCCCGGGCAGGUGCGAGGGGGCUAGCUCGGCCGGCUGGAAGCCCUCCGUGUACUACGUGAUGCUGAUCCUGUGCCUGGCCUCCCUGCUCAUCUCCUGCUGCGCAUCGGCCAUGUACACCUCCGUCGAAGGCUGGAGCUACUUCGACUCACUCUACUUCUGCUUCGUGGCCUUCAGCACCAUUGGCUUCGGGGACCUCGUCAGCAGCCAGAACGCCCAGUAUGACAGCCAAGGCCUCUACCGCUUUGCCAACUUCAUGUUCAUCCUCAUGGGCGUCUGCUGCAUCUACUCCUUGUUCAAUGUCAUCUCCAUCCUCAUCAAACAGUCCGUGAACUGGAUCCUGAGGAAAAUGGAUGGCGGGUGCUGCCGACGAUGCCAAAGGAGGCUCCUGAGGUCCCGGAGGAACGUGGUCAUGCCGGGCAACAUCCAGGACCGGGGCAACAUCUCCAUAGACACGGAUGGGGUGAUGGACAGCGACACGGACGGGCGGCGUCUCUCGGGGGAGAUGAUCUCCAUGAAGGACUUCUUGGCCGCCAACAAGGUCUCGCUGGCCAUCCUCCAGAAGCAGCUGUCUGAGACGGCCAACGGCUGCCCGCCCCAGGCCAGCGCGCCGUCCCGGGACAACGAGUUCUCAGGGGGGGUGGGGGCCUUUGCCAUAAUGAACAACAGGUUGGCGGAGACCAGUGGGGACAGGUAGGAGCGAGGAGCGGCCGCUGGGCGUGGAGGCCAGGAGAGUGGGCGAUGGGGGGAUUGGCACCGGCUCAACUCUGUGCCGGGGCGUGUUCCCUCUGGAGUUGUCCUGUCACCCUCUGCAGGCCCAGCCUUAGAAAGCUCUUCUCCUCGGGCAGCCAGCCACCUUCUAGGGCUGCAGACCGAGGCCGGAGGCCCUUCUCCUUGUCUUUAUUCUGUGAGGUCUGAAUUCAGUCUUGAGAAUAAAUCCCGGAGGCAGCCUAAGACAUUGCACAGUUGUCUUACUCCCCUUCCUCCAGGGCUUUAACUGCCUAAGGGAAGGGGGUUUAAGUGAGUCUCUAUUUCCCUGCUGCUCUGGUCUUCGUUUGGAAAUAAAAAUCCUGAACGGAAAUCCUCAUUUUCCCCCCUGGAACCCUGAAUGGCUGGACCCACUGCCCUUCCCAGCCCCUUCAGAAAAGGGGGGGGGGGAUGCUUCAGAAGGUGCCUGGGCCGUGGGCUUCCUUCAGAGCAGAUAUGUCCACAGUGCGACGGAUGGGGAAAUCACCUGGUCUGCUCUCUGUGUCUGCUUCUCUGCGUUUUGUUUUUCCUUUCUUUUAUUUUUAAGAUCCUAAUGCUGGGCUAAGGUGUCUGUGGGACCUCGGCAUGGUAAGAAGAAAGCUUCAGGCCUUUAAACUGCAGCCAAGUAGUGGACAGGCUCUUUUUUUUUUUUUUUUUUUUGGCAGGGAAAGACUAUAGGUUAACGUUCUUCCUUCCAGUGGUCACAGAGACCGUUUCAUUUUUGUUUUUUUUGUUUUUUUUUUUUAACCAGGGCAUGGAGCCCAUCGGAAAGAUAAUGGCUGACUAUUUAUUAGAACUGAAAACUGAAUAAAUCCUCACUUUAUUAACUAA